AUGAAAGACUUGUGGUUACUUCUGCUCCUGCUCCUGUCCCUUACAGCCAUCCAUGGGAUCACAGGAUGUUUGGAAUGUGACUCCAAAUUCACCGAGGAUAUUAGGACCUUACUGGAAAACCUGGUACCCGUUGAAGUCCCUGGCCGAGACUUUUUGAUUCAACGGCAUAUGAAGGAGACAAUUCGUUUAAGCUUCAAGGUCACCCACAGGGACAAGAUGCUUCGGGUAUUGGCUGUUAAAAAUGUUAUCAAGUUGAGAGUAUGGCUGAAGAAUGAACUUUAUAGACUGGGAAAUGAAACAUGGAAAGGUGUCUUUAUUCAUCAAGGAAAACUUCUCAGUGUUCGUCAAAAGCUGGAAUUGAAACUGAAAGAAAAAUUAACGAACUUCUCUGAAGUUGCUUGUUCUGAAGAUUGUGUUGUGAUUGAAGGUCCUAUUCUAGAUUGCUGGACUUGUCUUCGCAUCACUGCCACAUGUCUUAAAGGACAGUACUGUGGAGAAGUGGAUCCAAGAGUUUCUGAGAAUAGAGAGAUUAUGCUAUUUCUGAUAUUGCUAACAGAAGCUGUAAUAUUGGGAAGUGCUUUUCUACUAUUCCAUAUCUGUGUAACUCAUCGAAGGAAAAUGAAGGCAAUACGAAGAUCACUAAAACAAUAUUUGGAGAGAAAACUUGACGAAUUAAUGAGAUUAAUGAGUGAGAAGGAGAAAGGAAAAUUGGAAGCAAAGAUAACAAGAAAAAGUUCACAAUUCUCAUCUGCUGACUCAGAGUAG